GAUAGUAAUGGCAGUAGUAGUACCUGAAGUCACUCUAAGCUCUAGUGACGGCCUAGCUAUUCCAGUGAUCGGCAUGGGAACCAUGUCAAGCCCUCCGGUUGGUCCAGAAAUCACCAAGGAUGCAAUCAUCGAAGCAAUCAUGGCAGGCUACCGCCACUUCGACACCGCGUUUGUGUACCGGACGGAGCAGCCUCUAGGAGAAGCAAUUGCCGAGGCCCUGCGUCUUGGGCUUGUAAAGUCUAGAGAUGAACUCUAUAUUAGCUCCAAGCUAUGGUGCAGCUUUGGUGAGAAGGGCCUUAUCCUGCCUGCAAUCAAUAUGAGCCUUAGGAAUCUUCAAUUGGACUAUCUUGAUAUGUACCUCAUCCAUUGGCCAUUGAAAUUGAGUGAAGAGGUACGUCAAAUGCCAGCCAAAAAGGAACAUAUAUCUCCCUUAGAUAUCAAGUCAGUCUGGGAAGCAAUGGAAGAAUGCAAGAGCCUCGGCCUAACCAAGGGCAUUGGAGUAAGCAAUUUCACUUGUAAGCAGCUUGAGGAGCUCUUGUCCACUGCCAAAAUUCCUCCAGCUGUUAAUCAAGUGGAGAUGAACCCACUUUGGCAGCAAAAGAAAUUGAGGGAGUUUUGCAAGGCAAGGGGUAUUCAGGUCACAGCAUACUCACCAUUGGGUGCAUUCAAUACUAAAUGGGGAGACAACAGAAUUUUGGAGUGUUAUGUGCUUGAAGAAAUUGCAAAGGCUAAAGGAAAAACCACUGCUCAGAUAUCUCUGAGAUGGCUCUAUGAGCAAGAAGUGAGCUCAGUAGCAAAAAGCUUCAACAAGGAGAGAAUGAAACAGAACCUUGACAUCUUUGACUGGUCCUUAACUGAAGAGGAGUCCAACAAGAUAAGCCAGCUUCCUCAACGCAAAGGAAUUACAUUUGCAUCUAUUUUUGGACCUCAUGAUUGGCUGCUUCAGCUUGAUGCUGAGGAUUGA